AUGUACUUUAAAAGCUCACUGCAAAACAGAAAAUCAAUCUAUCUAUCUAUCUAUCUAUCUAUCUAUCUAUCUAUCUAUCUAUCUAUCUAUCUAUCUAUAUCAGCUCAUUUGUCUUUCUAUGUACCUACCUACCUGUCUAUCUCUAUCUCAGUCAGUUCAUCUAUCUAUCUAUCUAUCUAUCUAUCUAUCUAUCUAUCUAUCUAUCUAUCUAUCUCAGUCAGUUCAUCUAUCUAUCUAUCUAUCCAUUUAUCUACCUAUCUAUCUACCUACCUAUCUAUCUCAGUCAACUCAUACGUCUUUCUAUCUAUCUACCUAACUAUCUAUCAACUCAGUGGGCAUGGACAGCUCCUUCACCCUCCUUGGUGUCUUGUCUGUGCCUGGUACCCUUCAGUGGUUGCGGGCACCUCCUCCUCUUUCCUUGAUCUCCUUUCUGUGCCUGUCACCUCAACCAUUCAGUGA